AUGGACCACGCGGUGUCGCAGCCCAUCACGAUGGUGCCGCGCCGCUCCGGCUCGUUCCCGGGCUCCGAGCCGGGCUCCAUCCUGUCUCCGCGCUCCUCCGAGACCGGCGGCCUGGGUGUGAAGAUGGUGGAGUACGUCUUGGCGACGUCGCCCACGUCCAAGGAGUUGGAACCGCGCCUGCGCGGGCUCGUGCUGCAGUAG